AUCAUCUCACCUCGCCUCGCCCACUUCACCCAUGGGUCAGAGGAGCUCUCCCCUUCACACGCCGCCCGCGGCAGGAGAGAGAAAGCGAGGGCGAGCAUCAGCAGGGCAGGCAGGCGCAAGAAACGUCCCCCACCUCGUCCACCCCAUCCUCCUCGCCUUCCGCCUUUAUUUCUUGUCGUCUCCUUCCUCGGUCCUAUCUCCUCGCCUGCUCCGCCUUUCCUCAUCGGUUCAUCCUCCCGUAUCCUCUCCUCGUCUCCUGCGCCCCUUUUCUUGGGGGCUUGAGGUGAGGUUAUCUCGGCCAUGGCGGCCAUCAAGAAGACCAAGAUCGUCUUGGCGCAGCCAGCGGUUGGGGCUCAGCCGUCGCGGCCGCCGUUCUUUUCUCGCGCGCCCGGCUCGGUGCGAGGCGCCGGGGACGAGGCGGCUUACAGGGCCAGCCUCAGGUACCGGGCCCUCCACCAGGACUACCAGGACCUCAUCAAGGAAAUCCAAGCAAAGAAGAAAAGGCUGCACAUGAAGAGGCUCAAGAAGCAGAGGCUUUUGGCUGAAGUCAAGUUCCUGCGGAAGAGAUACAAAUCCAUGUCUGAGAACCCUUCUCAGACAAUUGUCUGUAGAGUGAGGAAUCCAGCAAUGUCGUCUGCAUCCUGGACAGCUGGUUCGGCAGGUGAUACCUGGCACCAGUCGGUUCGUGCUGCCGGGAGCUCCAGUAGAAGCCAGCUGGUGCAGAGAACACACGGUGGUUCUCCAAGGGCAUCUCCAGUGAUUGACCUCAAUGAGGCCUGUGAGCCGGGUUAUGAGGAGAUGGAAAUCGAAGGGCAACAUGGUUACAUGUCUCCUCUAGGCGUAAACAAGUCAAAGAGGUACCCUAUGGAAGGUGCUGCUGCCAGCCCAAGCCAGAUGAGAAUGCAUGUGUUCUGGGAUGUCCAGAAUCCAGCAGGGCGAUCUGGAAAGAGGAAGAUCUCAUGGCAGGAUCAGUUGGCCCUGAGAGUAUAGGUAAAUGACAAUGUUUAGCUCUAGUACAGCAGUAGUAUUCUAGUAGGAUCAGUAUGUGUCAUUGCUAGCCUGGUAAAUGUAAAGGGAUGGCUGGGACAAUCUCGAUGGUUAUCUGUUCAUGUUUAGUGAUGCUGGAAACAUAGGCUGUCUCACGAUGAAGUAAAGUAGGUGGGCGUGUGUGUGAUCAAUCACCAAAAUCUUAUGGUUCAUACUGUUAUGGAGUGCUAAUGGUUCAAUGAGAGAUGUAGCUUCCAAGGAA